AUGGGCGCCUGCGCUUCUGGCUACUGGCUCUCCGCAGAGGGAAGACAGGCACAAAAGACACACACACACACAUACACGGCACAAAGCGUAAUACAGCUUGUGUCUGCCAGGAGGGACGAGGCGGAAUCCAGUUGGUGCCGGUUAGAUAAUGGGCAAUUCGACGAGACGAGGCAGCCCGACAUCGAGGCUCGCUCGGUUGCCGAUCUUGUGUCCGCGUCGGUUGGUCCGGUCCGGCCCGGACUGACACAAGGCCGCCUUCACACCCUCAUUUUGUGCUUAUUUUUGUUCGCUCUUCUGCCUCCGGACGCGCCCCCCCCCUUUUUCCUGCUGCGUUCUGUCCAUUGCCAGCUCACCAGCGCGCAUCCUCCUCUCUCACUGCCUCCUUUAAAACUGCCCUUCUGCACUCUCGCCGGCCAAAUCAGAGCCAGAUCGGCCUCCUCGUCCUCCUCGACCGUCCCGCCCGACUCGACCGUCUCGGCCGUAUCGACCGCCUCUCGACCAACUCGACCGACUCGACUGGCUCGACCGCCUCGACCGACUCGGCUGUAUCGAUCGCCUCGGCCGCUUUGUCUCUUGACCUCCUCCGCUCGGACGAGCUGCACUGCUGACUCUCAUCUGCACCUCGCGCAGCUCGGCUCGGUCGUCGGGCCGCCAGCCUGCUUUGCCCACUCGGUGCGACGAAGCAUGUCGACGGUGAUCGCCAGCCAGGCGGACUACAGCGCUGGGCCGCCGGGCGUCGGAGAGGCGCCGAGGCUGCUGACCCAACUGGAGGGCGCAAAUGCGGUGCCCGAAGGUGAACCGGUCCACUUGGAGAUCAGAGUGGCUCCCAGCGAUGUUCACGUGGAAUGGGUCAAGGACGGACGCCAGUUGAGCGCCGGUAAGCCGCAACCCUCGUCUCCGGACAACCAACUAGGGACACACCUACACAAACUGCCUGACGAAGAGGAAUAUCCGCAUUCACGGCGUGUGCUGCAAGCCACGCUUGCCUUUGUACCGCCCUUGAACGAGCUUUGA